AUGUAUUUGACUGCACAUGAUGUGGCAUCACUGCCUUAUCUAAUAGUCAUGGCAACAGGCAAUAAAAAGUUCAUUCGGCGUAUUGCCAAAAAAUUGUCGGAGGACACAACCUCCCUAAAAAAUGAAAUGGAUUUUCUAAGAAGUACAAUCCUAACGAUAAAAGAGGAGUCAAUCUCUUUAAAAAAACAAAUGGAGGAGCAAAAAGACGAGUUAAUUUCAUUAAAGGAAACUAUACGCCAAGCUAUUCGGUCACCAAUUUUUUCCGAAAUCAUUUACAUAAUUUCUACUGGAAUUUUAUUUAAUUCAGCAAAAAAUGAUAAGUGUCAGAUUAACAACAACGAAAAACAUGAGGAGGAGAUAACCUCGCUAAAAAAACAAUGUGCAAAUAAGGAGAAUGAGCCACAAUUAACGUGGGAUCUAUUUAAGAAGAGCGUGGAGGAAAACAAAGAGAUGGGUGGCUACGCUUGCCGCGAAAAUUUUCAAUUGUGGCGUGCGGCUGGGGGCGAGUGCCGAAGUGGCCGAAGUCAAAAUCCGCCCCUGUGUUUGGAGUUAAAUAUAGCACCUUCACCACUUGUUUUAGUCGUUUCUCCUCUUAUUUCUUUAAUCCAAGAUCAAGUUUCAUCUGCAAAUUCGUUAAGUGCGUUAGGAUUAAAGGCUUCCAAACUAGAUUGCGAUGAUUAUGGGGAUAUUAUAUCUGGCAAUUUCAAUAUUUUGAUUGGCACACCUGAAUCUUGGCUUAAUAAUGCCAGGGGUGCCUCACCAAUGAGCAAUGAGGACAAGCCAUUCAGAGAAGCAUUUGGUAGAAUCAGUGAAAUGCGGUCUAUCUGUCGUCAAGAUUUACCUAUUCUUGCCCUCAGUGCCACUGUGGAUGUUGAUUUGACCCAGCUUGUUAUCAGAAGUUGCGGAUUAUCAAAAAAACUGAGAGUAAUAUCAGUAUGUAGUGACAGACAAAAUAUACGAUUGUGUGUUUUGAAUAUUUCCAGUAGGGAAAAUGUCCAAUGUCUGAAGUGGAUUGUUGACACUUUUUUAUCAGAGGUUUCUGAUACACAUAAAGUAAUAAUUUACUGUCGAUCAGCGACUUUGUGUGGUUUUGUUUACUACCACGUUCGUAAGAUGAUUGAACGAGAAACUUUGGGAAAUGGUAUGAAAUCUACCGACUUAAUUGCCUUAUUUCACUCUGGAACAUUGGAAGCCCAAAAAUCGAAUGUUUUAUCAGCACUGACAUCAGACACAGGUACUAUUCGGUUGGUAGUUGCAACAAGUUCACUUGGUUGUGGUGUUAACAUGAAGAACGUUAAAUUUGUUGUUCAUUAUGGUCCAGCAUAUGACACCGCUGAUUAUUGCCAACAGGUUGGCCGAGCAGGACGGAACAUUGAAGGACUUUGCCAUGCAGUACUAUAUGUCUUUCCACAGGGCAGAGGAAAUGUAAAUAAUUCUAUGGUAUCCUACAUUCAGAGCCAUGAAAAGAGUAGACAGGAUACCUGUCUCUCUUUUCUGCUCUCGCGCUGUCCUGCUUUUUUAACCCUGCUUUUUUUAGCGCAUGAAAAGAGUUGCUUCAGGACAUCACUGUACACUCCAUUCAAUGAAGACGGAAACAGUGUAAUGCCUUUGUCACCUGGCCAUAACUGUUGUUCAUUUUGUGCAAGGAAAUGUGAGUGUGAUGAAUGUCCGUUGUUUCCCUUUGAAAUUGUAACAGAAGAAAAAGAAUCCAAAUUAUUUGGUAAAAAGAUUAUACGUGAAGUUUCAGAAGAUGAUAAACAACUUGUCAAAGAUAUGCUAGUUGAGUACCAUGAAACUAUAUGUUCCAAACCAAUGUUACUAGUGCCUGGAGAAGUGAUGACUGGGUUAUCAAAGAGUUGUAUAAAUGAAAUUGUUUUGCAUUUACCAUACAUAAAUUCAAUGGAAUAUAUACAAAAUAAUCUCAAUCUGGGUACAGAUACUUCCAAGGAACUUAUGCUAAUACUCAAUGAUGUGUUUCACGAUAUUGAAGUUCCAGAUGUUCACAAAGAAUGUGACGAUAGCAUGGAAAUCGUUGAUAAAACGAAUCUAGAGUGUCCUGAAUUUUCAGAUUUCUCUGAACAUGAGUCAAAUGACAGUGAACCUGACUAUUGA